AGUGUUGAACAACCUACCUUUACACUCAGUGUCAAUGUGUCAAAUUUCUGAGGCAUGCGUAAAGUGUAUAGUUAAAAGUGCAGUAUAACCGGGUACUGUCAGUGAUUUAUCAAAGUAUAAUAUUCCUAUAAAGUUAAUUACAUUUUGAGUUUUAGUUUUCGAGUAUUGUUAGAUAAUGUCUAAACCGGAGCAAGUAUUGCAAAUAGAACCCCAACAUGAACUUAAAUUUAAAGGUCCUUUCAAUGAACAAGUGGCAUCUUACAUGAAGCUUACCAAUCCUUCAGAUAAGAAAGUUAUUUUCAAAAUUAAGACAACUGCUCCCAAGAAGUACUGUGUACGCCCUAAUUCCGGUAUUUUAGAACCUAACAGUAAUACCGAAAUUUCGAUAUGCUUCCAACCGCAGCCAGUUCUCUUUGAUCCUGCGGAGAAGAACAAACACAAGUUCAUGGUACAAACUGCAUUUGCCCCAGAAGGGGAAUUUAAUAUGGAACAGCUUUGGAAAGAAAUAACUCCUGAUCAGCUUAUGGAUUCCAAGCUUAAGUGUGUAUUUGAAUUACCCUCUGAUCAAAAUGAAACAACUGAAGAGUCUACCAAGUUUAGCCCUAAGGUGGUUCCAACCACAGCCACUGCCCCAAACAGCAAUGUGGAAACGGAAUUGCAGAAGGCUGCACAAGAGGUGCAGCAGCUUAGAGAAGAAGAAAGUCAAUUGAGGCAACACAACUUACGACUAAAAGAAGAAAUUUUACAGUUGAAACAACAAUUAGGACAGUCGCGAGCUGCUCCAGUAAACAGAUAUGCCCCACCAGUGCAGGAACAAACGAUUCCAAUGGUAUAUGUCGGUUUGGCAGUGCUACUAAGCUUCAUAGGCAUCAUAUUGGGUAAAUUUGCGCUCUGAAACAGCGUCCAAGUAUUGCUAAACAUUCGGACAUCAUUCUUGUUGUAAAUAGACCAGUCACCAACAUAAAAUUUAUCGUUUUAUGUGGUACUGUAGAAAUUUUUGAUAGUGACAUUUAGUGGAAUGUAGAAAAAAACAAUUUGCUUUGAAAAACUACCUUCUGGUAUAACUUGAAAAAUAUCUUGUAUUAUGUGUGACGAGUUAAAAAUGUUUAUGUUUCCUUUAUUAUAACUUAUGUCCAAGUGCCUAUUCAUCUGUCAUCAGUUAGCAGCAGAUUUCUUUAAUUUUUUUAGUAUUCGAAUCUCAUAUGUGGGUUUAUUUCAUAUCAAGAUUUCCCAAUAUAGCUUGGACUCUUGAAUUCCAUUGUAAAUUUUUCACAAAUUUUAUUUGGUAAUUUUUUCUUUGUUCCACUAAUUCAUGUUUAGUUUUUUUUGGGAAAUAGGAUAUUGAAUCACUGUUUUUCAUAGGAGGUGGUGUAUUUAUUUUAGUUUAUUCUCAAUGCUACAACUUUUCAAAUAAUGGCUUUUUUACCUAGUAAUGAUAUACAUCUACAAGUGUUAGCUAUUUAAAAAAAGGUACGUUGUAACUUGAAUGUAUGAGAAAAAGUAAAGGAAGGGUUUUAUUAGAAUAUGUUGUUAACAUUGAGAAACAAAAGCAGCACUAAAUGUUUUACUUUGGUCACAUUCAAAAAUGGCUACUUUUAAUAGCAAAAUACUAAUAACUGACUGGUGUAAUAUUUAUUAUUCAUUUAUAUUCUCUAUUUUAAAUUCAUUGGGAUGAUUCUUAACUCUUCAUUUUAUUCUAAAAGUAACUAUUAUUAAGAACUCUCAAGCUAGUGAAAAUAUGGCAUUCAACUGAAUUUCAAGCUAAGUUAACACAAAACCUCUAUUCACUAGUACAGAUAAAUUGCUGAUCAGUUUUGUAUACUUCAAGUAAAGUAACUUAACAAAAGGACUAACUGUAGUUGCUAGAGAUGAAAAUAAAGGAAAAUAUACGAAAUUUGCCAUCAAAAUUCAACAUAUUUUAUUAUUGCUGGUGGUAACUUUUUGAAUAUUUUCCUGUUUAGAAACAACCUCUAAAAGUUGUAGUUGUAUCUAAAUAAUGACAUUUCUAAAUGCUAACAACUUCAAUCUUCGAAUCUUAUUUGUAUUGUCUUUUGAUAUAGCAGUUAAUUAAAUAACGCCACCUGUCUUUAACCUUGUUUUGUCUAAAAGUUCUUAAAUAUUAGUUGCAAAUUUUUCCAUAUUUGUUUUCUAGAAACACUUAAUGCUUUUUGAAUAUCGAUAAACACAAUGUACACUUUUUGAUACCUAUAAACCUGAGGUACACUUUAUAAUUUGUUUUUAAUUUAUUACAAGAUGUAAGUAACAUGAUGCAUUUAUAUACCUAAGUUUCAGUUUUAAAAUGGCUAGUUGAAAUCCAUGAAGUUUUUAAGUCAAGAAUCACUCCAAUAAUAACUUUUGGUUGCCCAAUAUAUAUAUAUCCAAGGUACAUUAUUUUAACAAAAAGGCUUAUUUGGAAAAAAAAAUAACCUCUUCGAUUUCUACCAACAACGCAUUUUUAUUUAAUUUUUUUUUAAUUUCUCCUAUAAUAUUUAAGAUGUGUUAGGACGCUAUAUACUGAGUUGAUCUUGUACAAUAUGUUUCAAAUAAUAUACUAUUCCGUUUUGUUGAUUAUUUUUAAAUGUUAACUGUAGGUUCAAAAUGUGUUUUGUUUAUUUUUGUAAAUAAAAUCUUAAUAUGCUUAUUUGAAACAUUCUGUAUAUAUUAACUAAUUCUAUAUUUAUGAUACUUAUGUUUGUCAAUUUUUCUUCCAAUGACGUAUUUAGAGGAUUCAGUAAUAAUGCUAGUUAAAAAAUUGAUGUAUCAAACUUUAUUUUGUCAGUCUUGAAAUAUUCGAAAAAUUUAAUCAUAUUGAAUGGAAAUAUUGAAAAAAUAUUCUGAACUAAAACCGACCAUACAUUUCACUUAGAUUACCACCCCACUAUUUUGUAGAAAUUUUCAAUUUAAAGUGACUACUUUGUCUUUAUAAAUCAACCUUAUUCCAAUUGCUGGAUUGAAAACAUAGUGUUGACAGUUACAGCUUCUUAGUAAAAAAAUUCUAUUGUCAUGUGGAUUUUUUUCUAUUUACAUUUGCCACUUAAGUGGAAAGAAAAUAUAUCAGUGUACAGUCAGCGAAUUUUAUGUAAUUUUUAUGUUUUUGCCGCUCAGGUCAUCAAAUUUCAUAACUAGCUUUUGUUUCACUCAUCCUUAUUUUGAAUACGUCAUGAGUAACAAAUUCUUUAGAUUUGGUUAUUUUUUGGAAAUCAGUGAGCUUUUAUUUAACUUAUUUAAUAUUUAAAACUUGCGUUGCGUGGAUUAAAGAAAUUUUCCAAAAAAUAAUUUGAUUCUUUUGAAAACAAUAAUUUUUAAUUUGUCUCCACUUUAGUUUUUAAUUUUUAAUGUUUACCUUGUAUGUAGAGAGAGUUCGAUAAUAUAAAUGUAUGAAAGAGGCGCA